UAUGUUUAUUAUUUUCAUAAUGUCGUAAACUCUUCAUAAAAUUUAAAAAUAUUUAUUAUUAUUGAGACGAAAUAUCUCUAAUUAUGUUAGUGAGGAUGAUUUCAGCAAUAUAGGAAAUACAAAAUAUGUAUACGUCAUCACAUGACUGCCAUCAUAUAAUAAAUAUCUUUUUGAUAACGUGUUUAUUUUAGAUUGUGGCACAAUAAUAAAUAAAUAACGAUGGCAAACAUUGUUAAAAAUCAAGAAGUAUCUAAAGGUGUACGACAAAAUGUACAAUACGAAAUUUUGGAUGAUAAAAUUACUGCCAAGACUGGUUUAGAUGUAUGUAAUACAUCUCAAAUAGAUCGUAGUAUAAUUGAAGAUGUGGAGAAAAAAAUAAUAUCGCUGAGACAUUUACUGGAGAAGGAUCCAAAAGCUGCCGAUCUAAAGUGGUCUUUAUUCGUAGCAGCAUCCAAUACUUAUCGCUAUGACAGUUGCUUAAAACCUUUUCCACCUAUGUACAUUAAGAAUGAGUGCAAAGAUAUUGAAGCUUUGAGGAGAGCUAUUGAAUCAGUUCCUCCUUUGCCAAUAUUAUGCAAAGAACUUAGCGAAGCUGAUGUGUAUGAAAACUAUGGUGAAACGAUAGAGUUAUUAUAUUGGGUAUUGAUACGAUUGAGAGAUCCACAUAUUAAAAGCAUACAAAAAGAAUGUUAUGAUUCGAUAUUGAGGAAAGCACCACUCGAGAUGCCGGUUGCAUCUCCAAAUCUUAUAUUUCAAAUAGUAAGUGCAAAACAUUCUACAGCAGAAGAGAAAUGGAAAUCUAAUGCUAACAGCUAUCCAACCUUUUAUGCAUACCAUGGUAGUCGUUUGGAAAAUUUUCAUUCUAUCGUACAUUAUGGUCUACAACAAAACAUGUGCAAAAGAUCGCAAUUUGGCAAAGGGAUAUAUCUUUCGAGCGAAUUAGGAGUCAGUUUAACUUACAGUCCUGUAGGCUAUGGAUGGGGAGGUAGUCUUCUUGGAAGCGAAAUAAGUUGUAUAGCUCUUUGCGAACUUGUUGAUCAUCCUGACAUAAAAGGAGGAGAGUCAAGAGAUAAUGUGCAAAAUACGUUGACUAAUGCAGUUGGAGGUGAAAGAGUACCAGAUAAAUAUUUUGUAGUGAUAAACAGCGAUUUAGUGAGAGUACGCUAUCUGCUCGUCUAUACCCAAGAGCGUCAUGCAACUAGAACUACUAGUAAUUCAGGAUUACUGACAUGGUUCAAGCAACAUAAAUUACUGACGUUUGUCCUUGGCUACGUCGUAUUGUUAGCUUCGGUUGGAUUAACACAAAAUAAACAAGUAGAGAAAUAUUAUAGAUUAUUUCUGCAAAAAGCAGGAUUUGUAUAAAAAAAAGGUUAAAAAUUCAAGUACUUGCCAUUGCAA